CAAAAUUCUUUUUUGUUCUUAACUGACUUGACCAUGUUUUCAACUGCAAGAGGCGUUCGUAAACUAACCCUGGAGAAUAUCCCCAAGAUAACGAGACUGGCUACGCGUAGUUAUAUUCGACCUCACUACUACAACAACAAGGAAGGUUCAUUGUCAAGUGCCUUGAAAUCACAAAAAAACCCAUUCAAUCAAUUUGGAACCAAAAUUAACAACCUGCCUCCCAAUGCAGUAUUAUGGACAGUUAUUGGUACUAACGUAGGUGUAUUCGGCUUAUGGCAAUACUCGAUCAAUACAUAUAAAACUUUUGGGGAUGAUUCCAGGCUCAACUUUAUGGUCAAAAACUUCAUGUGUUCCCCAAGUCAUAUUGAGAAUGGCAGAAUUCACACUUUGCUCACAAGUGCUUUCUCGCAUAAAUCAUUGGAUCACCUUGGUUUGAAUAUGUUUGUACUCUAUACUAUGGGACAAGGUGUUAUUGAAUUUAUUGGGGCUUCACGUUUCUUAUUGCUUUAUGCCGGUGCUGGUAUCACUGCUUCCCUUGUAGGUGUUGGUUAUAGAAAGUAUAUUAAGCCCAUGUUAGAAAAAGGAUAUAGACAGCAAAGGGACAACAGUUUAUUUCUUGGUUCUUUAGGGGCUUCAGGCUCCGUCAUGGGUAUCACUACAUUAUAUGCAUGUGCCUUCCCGAGAGCAACCUUUUUAGUGUUCUUUAUAAUCCCAAUGCCAGCUAUUGCCGUUGUUGGAUUGUUUGCUGCUUAUGACAUUUACAAAGCUUCAACAUUACAUGUAAGUAAUCUUUUUUUUUUCAAUCUGAUAAGCACUAAAAUCUAAUAAAUAUGAUAGAACGGUAUUGUUGAUAGUGCGGCACAUCUUGGUGGCGCUGCAUAUGGCGCUGGUUAUUAUUUGUUGAGAAUGCGUCCAAUGUUGAGAGCAGGUCGUUGGAAAUUUUAGAAGUCACAUGCGCCAAUUCGUUGAGUUUGGGCUCUCUACCCCAAAGCUUGUCCCUUUUUAAUUUUUUUUUUCUUCUCUCUUUCUCUUUUGUCUGCAUUUCCCUCCAACAUGGACUCCGUUCAAAGCCUUUUACCUUAUUUAAUCCCUGUUGUUCUUGCAGCCGGAACUGCUUAUUUUUUUGUAAAUAAAAAGAGCGAGGUAUUAGAUGCC